UGAGGAGCCGGGUGGGUCGCACCGCAUCGGAAGGGUGCCCGGGCUUUUCGGCUGCGCUGCAGGGGCAGCAACAUGAAGCAGUCUGCAGGCAAUCAAACCCAAAGGAGGGAAAGUUUCACUUUAGACAGCAGCCUACAGAACAUUACAAUUCUCCCGGGACCGUACCUGACAGGCAGUCACCUGUACAAAGACCAGAGGCUCCUGCCAAUCCACAGUUACACAAAUGAAUCUUCGGCUGUGAGGCAAAGUGGAAUUGUUCCAGGCAUUGUAGCAGCAUCAAUAUUUAUUGUCUUCCUCCUGGGCCUGUAUACCAUCCUGUGGAAAUGCAUGAGCUUUGAGGUGAAAAGGUACAAAGGGAGCAGGAGGCCGAAGCAGAAGAUUCAUCGUUCAGGCACGGUUUCCUGCUGAUGGAGGGUUUUGCAAUGCAUUGUGCUGAAUCCUGAGAUGCCUCAAUUUCGACCACUUCCUGCUUGCUGGGGGAACUGAAUGAACCUGCAUUGCUCAUCGCUGCAACACUUCAAACGGCAACAUACUUGCCUCUGCUAAUCUGAACUCGCCAAGAGCGUGUCCUGUCCUUCUACUGGUUCAGUCUAGCAUCCACAAAUCGUCCAUUAGCAGAAGGCGCCUAUCUAGGUGUGAGUGGAAGCAAAAUAAAAUGAGAGAAUGGAACAGCCAAAGAAUUUUAAGUUUUUAUGGGGGUGCUGGUGCGAUGUCAGGUAUGUGGGCUGUAUGUCCCAGCGAUUGGCUGCCUGAAUCAAACAGCUUGUCCCUUUGGUUGUUCAUAAUAGGCAGAGCACAGACCGUACCUCAACUAACCCACACUUGCAAAACCCAAAACAAAGCUGUUAGAUGUGAUUCCACAAUUUGGCAGCACUUGAUGAACAACCCUGAGUGCGCUAAUAGCUACACUAACAACCAAUUUAAGUUAACUGUCGAGCUCGUAACGUGGCUCAUUUACAUCUGCUAGAAGCGACAUACGUUCAAAAGCAGGGACCCAUUCUCUGCAAAUAAAAGGAAUAUAUUCAAGCCUUUCCCCUUUUUUAAAUUACUCAGGAGCCCAGGGACCCUCUCCAUUCCCGUUACUUUCCCCUUGGCAACACCUUGGCCAAUCAGUUGACUUGCCAACCAGCCAGCACCCGUUUCUCCUGCAGUAUAAAU